AUGCCAACUCAACUAAUACCAUCCCUUGAGAUGGCUCAGGAUACGGGGUUCUAUCAGAGAUUUCUCCAAAUUCGCCAGGUCGCUGUAUUGCUAUCCACUGCCUCUGCGUCCUUUUUCUACCGCUAUGGAAUGUACCCCGUGUAUUACGCCGCAUACAAGCUUCUUGCGUUCAUAUAUGGUGUGGUUAUGGUUUUCAUACGAGCUUUUAUGUUUGUCACCUUGAAGCCCCUAGUUAUGGUAGCGCAAACCAUUUGCUACGGCCUCUUCCUUCCUGCCAGGAUCUGGUGCAGACUCUGGGGAAUCACGAUCCCGUUGGAUUUAGAGUCUCAGGCCCGGAUUGCAGGCCAUUUAUGGUAUGCUGUGACAAAAAUCUCCGAGUUUCUCAUCAUCACAGUUGUCUUUGGGAUGCUCUUGGGUCUCUACGUUGGCGGUUUGAUCCAUUUGACGCGAUACGCGUUGACCCCAGCAAAGAAACUUGCGAUAUCAAAAGCAAAGAAACAUGUGAGUGUUUCCAAGCCGAGGAAGUACCACCGGGUGGUACCCCCAGCCGAGUUGAAGAUCAAGUCCAUGGAAGCGCGGAUUGAGAACAUGCCGUCGCGAAAGAGGGUGACCGGGGAGGAGCUUGAGUACCGGGGAGAUCUGGUACCGGUGAGUGCGUCUUCUGGAGUUUCCAUUCACCAGUUCCUCGACCGGUUGGAUACCCCGCCGUUAGAUAGAGAUUUCCUUCUGCCGCAGAUUCAUAAACGGUUGAACUUUGAGGAAGGCUCUGACAAUGACUUAGAGAGACCCGAACUGCGUGACGCGGCUCCUUUGCCUAUACAUCCACUCGUGGGUUCUGAAAUCCUUAAUCUCGACGAGAUAAGAAUAGCGCUCCAGCGAGACACGUCGCUUGAGUCCAUUCCCGAAGAGGAAUCCCGGAAUGCCACACCGAUGUCCAGGGACUUUGACACGACCCAGGCCACCCUCAACACUGUGAAUGCUUCAUUGCGGAAGCCGAAAAAGUCCAAGUACCCGAAGGAGUUUACGAUGAAACGAGUAUCCAGGUACGACGGUAAUGGAACGAGCGUGGGGGUUGGCUCGGAGGAUAUCUCCACUCCAACUUCGGGAACGCUGUCCGAAAGCGGGGAGGGGGUUUCCUCGAGGUCGAAUGUCUUUGAUACCCAGCGGAAUGCAUCGUCGAAGACGUCCCAUGCCACCGUGAGUAGCCGCAAAGACUAA